UGUAGAGGGAGCUUUACUCUGUAUCGAACACCAUGCUGUCUUGAUGGCAGUGCAGGGUAUGGUUAUGGAUAUGUGUUCAAACAUUGAAACUUCGAUCAUAGACUGAACUUGUUCCUGUUCGAAACACAGGUCAUUCACAAACUGCGACGUUUCAACCAUUACUGCUGGACAUUCCAAAUUCGGAAAAACUCUUCGAAACGCCCAUCCAGGGCCCCCGAGAUGCCGUCCCUGUGCUGCCUGGGGAAGUCGGCCGACGGGAAAGACCUGGAAAAGCGGCCGGUGGCCGGAGGGAGGCUGACCGAGGAGGAAGAGGAUGACCUGGAGGAACUGGAGGAAGAUGACAGCCCAGCCUCAGGGGACCUGGUGAUGGGCGACUACCCUCGCCACCCGUCCAGCCACCCCUUGGAUCCCUCGCCAGCCCAGCACCCUUACUCCCACUACCCUGGCCUCUGGUACCCGGCCCUGCCCUCGGAGACCCGCAGCAACGGCUCCGAGCGUUGGUGCCCGCCAUUGGCGGCGGCUUCUUCCUCCAUUGCCCGUUCCCGGAAUCGCUCCCAGGCCUCUCUGUCUCCCAGUCCCAGGGUGGGCACCCCCCUCUGGGAGGUCUCGGCGUCCUGCCGCCUUCCCGAGCGCCGGCUGGGCCCGGAGGCCCCCUCCCGCCGCUGCCUGACCCCUGACCCUUCCCGGACCUUGGCGCUAGGCCUCGGCCCUCUCUCUGGGCCCCGCGGGGCGGCCUCACCCCUCCCCCAGAGGCACUGCGCCUCCUGCGGGCGGCUGCAGACGGGUGACUUCACCCGCCUCAGAGUCCCGGAGCCCGGGCCCCUCUCCCGGGACGGCUACCCGCCUUCGCCGGGGCUGGUGGUAGGCUUCGGCCUAGUCAACGCCAACACCACCUCCUCCUCCAGCUCCUCUCCCGCUCGCCUCCUGCAACAGGGCUGGGCCCCCACCUCCCCCCCACCACCUCCUCAUCCUCUCCCACCCCACCCUCCCACCCGGCCCACCUCCCGCGGCCUCGGGGUCAACCCCCAGGUGAACGAGAGGCAGCUGACAGGCAGGGUUGUCUAUGACGCCAGGCUGCACAGGGCCAUGCUGUCCCGGGGAGGGGACACCGAGUCCCAGGACCAAUCCAAGGCCGGGUAUCAGCAACCCCGCCAGGCCAAGACCCCCACCCAGUCCUGCCAAGGGAAGUGCCAACACCCCACGCCCCCUGACCCCUUCGACGCCCCCUGCUAUGUCAACCAGCAGUGAGGGCGUGCGUGGGGAGGGGAGGUCCGUGAAGUGGGAGGGCUUAGAGGAGGGGGUAAUGUCAGAUGGGGCGGGGGGGGGGCCAAUGGGCAGAUUGGCGAAACAAACCCCUCUCGCCCAACCUUCCCGUUCACCAUCCAAUCCCUCCAGCUCCUCGCAUCAACCCUUGGGUCAGCUAUGGUCUUUACAGAGAGAGAGAGAGAGAGAGAGAGAGAGAGAGGCUAGAGAAAUACCGAAGUAAUUGAGUUAUGUGAAAGGUCCCAUAAACCCUUACCCUUCCUCUCCAGCUCACCCUCCUAACCCCAACUCCCAACACUCUUCAUAAAGCAUUACUGAGGCCUCAUGUCAA